AUGUCGAAGCCCCGUCGCGAGUCCACGGCGAGGGCCGACACCCGCCCAGCGUUCAACCGCCCGCCCGGGGCUCGAGCGACUCCCGGCCCUGUGCCCGCGCCCGUGCCAGAUGAGCCGCGCACGCCGAAAAGAACGCCGAAGGAGAAAGCAAAAUCCUCGCCUGCACCAUCGCCGUCGCCUGAAAAGAAGCCUCGUCGAGCCAGCGGACGACACAGGAGCGCAAGUGGAGGGAACCGGCGCCACCACAGCUCGAGACAUGUGCCAGAACGAGACCGAGACCGAGACCGAGACCGAGAACGAGACCGCGACACAGAUAAAGAUGGAGAUGGAGAAAGGGAAAGGGAAAGGGAAAGACGCAGGGACCGGGCGAAAUACAGUUCCGGCACGUCGACCAACAGCACGAGCCAGCUGCUGAGCAGCAACGCUUUGGCCAAGCUCAACGCGUACCACGAAAAGGCCGAGUUCCAGGAGAAAUACGAUCAGCGGAAACGCAAACAGAAGCAGUACAAGGAGCUCAAGGCCGCCGAGGUCUCUCAUCGGCGGAAAAAGAAGAAUCGCAAUGUCAGUGGUGCCGUCUUGGAGGAGGGCAGGGCGCCCAAGCGUGGUCACAAACGAGGAGGAGCUGCGGCUGGAUUAUACGAGAAAGGCGACUACCACGAACACAGACGAACAGACGGCAAUGGCGGACGGUCGAGGAAGAAGCUGUGGUGGGCAUUGAUUCUGAUUGCUGUGCUGCUGGCCAUCUUCAUCCCCGUCGGCGUGGUGGUGAGCAACAACAGCAAAAAGUCCGCCGGAGGAUCAUCAUCAUCAUCUUCUUCUUCUUCUUCAGACAGUUCGUCCGACUCUUCUUCAGAUCCGAAGAAUGAUUGCGAUUCGAGUUCGGUGCCGGAGAGUGCAAAGGGGACAUAUACCGACAUUUCCACAUGGCUGGAUACUACCGACUUCAACUGCACAUACACAAACGACACCGUCGGCGGCUUGUCUGUGAUGGGCCUCCAUUCUAGCUGGGACGACUCGACCAAAGCGAACGACAAUGUUCCGGCACUGAACAAGAAGUGGGAGUACGGCAAGAUGCCUGUUCGAGGAGUCAACCUUGGGGGUUGGCUUUCGUUGGAACCAUUUAUUACUCCCUCGCUGUUCAACUAUCCCGCCUCGGCCAGUGUCGUGGACGAGUGGACACUCACCCAGAAACUGGGAUCAUCUGCACAGCGCGUCCUCGAGUCGCAUUAUGCCACCUUUAUCACAAAGCAGAGCUUCGUCGACAUCCGAAACGCAGGGCUAGACCACGUCAGAAUCCCCUUCCCGUAUUGGGCCGUCACCACCUACGAUGGCGAUCCGUAUCUGCCCAAAGUGGCCUGGCGAUACUUGCUUCGUGCGAUCGAGUAUGCCCGAGAGAACGGGUUGCGAGUCAACUUGGACUUACAUUCCGUGCCGGGCAGUCAGAACGGAUGGGCGCACAGCGGCCACCAAGGCGACAUUGGCUGGAUCUUGGGGCCAGACGGGGCCACCAAUGCGCAACGAUCGUUGGACAUCCAUGACCAGCUGUCCAAGUUCUUUGCCCAGGACCGAUAUAAGAACGUGGUGACCAUUUACGGCCUUGUCAACGAGCCAAAGAUGCUCGUGAUUCCGCCGGACUCGGUAGUGGAUUGGAACAAGAAAGCCGUCGCGGUGGUCCGCGGAAACGGCAUUGACCAGUAUCUUGUGUUUGGGGACGGCUUUUUAAGCCUGGACACCUGGGACGACAUGUUCCACGGCGUCGACGACAAGCUGGUCAUGGACACGCAUCAGUACCAGAUCUUCAACACGGGCCAGCUCAAACUGAAGCACCAAGACAAAAUCAACCUCGCCUGUUCCGGAUGGAGUGGGUUGAUGGUGGCAGCCAACAACCCCAAGACCGGAUGGGGCCCUAUUCUCGACGGAGAGUGGUCUCAAGCCGACACUGACUGCACACCCAACCUCAACAAUGUCGGGGUAGGCUCCCGGUGGGCGGGCACGCUUGACACGGGAGAUUCAGAAACCUCUGUUCUGACCCCGACCUGCGCCGAGCCGCCCUGCUCGUGCGCCGAAGCCAACGCCGACCCGAGCCAGUAUAGCGACUCGUACAAACAGUUUCUGCAGAUGUAUGCCGAGGCGCAAAUGCACAGCUUUGAACAGGCCUGGGGCUGGUUCUAUUGGACGUGGAAGACCGAGAGCGCUACCCAGUGGAGUUGGAUGCUGGGUCUCCAGGCUGGCAUCUUGCCGGACAAGGCCUAUUCGCCCUCUUUCAAGUGUGAUUCUGACGUGCCCGACUUUAGCGACCUGCCUGAGAGUUAUUGA